AGGGGCCCUAUCUCCCCUCGACGCAUCCACUCUCCGGCCGGCCGCCGCCCGCCGCCUCCUCCGUGCCGCCCAGCCUCGCCCGCGCCGCCACCAUGAGCCAGGCCUACUCGUCCAGCCAGCUCACGUCCUCCUACCACCGCAGGUUCGGUGGGGCCGCUGGCUUCCCGCUCGGCUCCCCGCUGAGCUCGCCGGUGUUCCCGCGCGGGAGCUUCGGCACCAAGGGCUCCUCGAGCUCGGUGACGUCCCGCGUGUACCAGGUGUCGCGCACGUCGGGCGGGGCCGGGGGCCUGGGGGCGCUGCGGGCCAGCCGGCUGGGGGCCACCCGUGUGCCUUCCUCCUCCUCCUACGGCGCGGGCGAGCUGCUGGACUUCUCGCUGGCCGACGCCGUGAACCAGGAGUUCCUGACCACGCGCACCAACGAGAAGGUGGAGCUGCAGGAGCUCAACGACCGCUUCGCCAACUACAUCGAGAAGGUGCGCUUCCUGGAGCAGCAGAACGCGGCGCUCGCCGCCGAGGUGAACCGGCUCAAGGGCCGAGAGCCGACCCGGGUGGCCGAGAUCUACGAAGAGGAGCUGCGGGAGCUGCGGCGCCAGGUGGAGGUGCUCACCAACCAGCGCGCCCGCGUCGACGUCGAGCGCGACAACUUGCUGGACGACCUGCAGCGGCUCAAGGCCAAGCUGCAAGAGGAGAUUCAGUUGAAAGAAGAAGCAGAGAACAAUUUGGCUGCCUUCCGAGCGGACGUGGAUGCUGCUACUCUCGCUCGAAUUGACCUGGAGCGCAGAAUUGAAUCUCUCAACGAGGAAAUCGCGUUCCUUAAGAAAGUGCAUGAGGAGGAGAUCCGAGAACUACAGGCCCAACUUCAGGAACAGCAAGUACAAGUGGAGAUGGACAUGUCCAAGCCAGACCUCACCGCUGCCCUCAGGGACAUUCGGGCUCAGUAUGAGACCAUUGCGGCUAAGAACAUCUCAGAAGCUGAGGAAUGGUACAAGUCAAAGGUGUCUGACCUGACCCAGGCAGCCAACAAGAAUAACGAUGCCCUGCGCCAGGCCAAGCAGGAGAUGAUGGAGUACCGACACCAGAUCCAGUCCUACACCUGUGAGAUCGAUGCCCUCAAGGGCACUAACGAUUCCCUAAUGAGGCAGAUGCGGGAGCUGGAAGACCGCUUUGCUAGCGAGGCCAGUGGCUACCAAGACAACAUUGCACGUCUGGAAGAAGAGAUCCGGCACCUCAAGGAUGAGAUGGCCCGCCACCUACGCGAGUACCAGGACCUGCUCAAUGUCAAGAUGGCCCUAGAUGUGGAGAUCGCCACCUACCGAAAGCUGCUGGAGGGCGAGGAAAGCCGGAUCAACAUCCCCAUCCAGACCUUCUCUGCUCUCAACUUCCGAGAAACAAGCCCUGAGCAAAGGGGUUCUGAGGUCCAUACCAAGAAGACAGUGAUGAUCAAGACCAUCGAAACCCGGGAUGGGGAGGUCGUCAGUGAGGCCACACAGCAGCAACACGAGGUGCUCUAAAGCCAGAGACCCCUCUGCCAUCAGAGACCAUCCUCGCCCCUGUCCUCACUGCCUCUUGAAGCCAGCCUCCCUCCAUCCCAGGUCACCACACCCAGCCACAGUGCUCCUCUCACAGCCUCUGACCCCUGCUCACUGACCACUGCUCAUGGCCCCUCCAGGGGACAGGGCUGACCCCUGCCCAGGCAUAGGCAGCCCCAGCUGUGUGAGUCCUGGAUGUUGAAAAUGAGAGAGCCUGGCUCUUGGCUGCCCUCAGGGUGUGCCAGGCAGGGCCAGGAUGGAGCCAAGGCAGAGCAGUGCCCCCGCCCCUCUUACCUCUGUGACCUCAGGCUCUAGCCCCUGGCUUUGGAGAGGGCUCCAGAGCAAGGUGUUGGAGCCCCACGUCAUCAGGAUGGAACCUAUGGACCUCCCUACCCCCUACUUCCUAGCCUGGGUCAGAGAGAAAGGGCAGCCUCCCCAGCGAGCCGGGCAGGUGACUGGGAGACUAGCCCCUGUGGGAAUGGGGGCUUGAAACUUCCCCCCCCCCCGGCCCCUUCCUUUCCCACAGUGGGCUUA